AAGUGGAGUUGAAGUACCAAACAAAAAAGGCUAAGGUCAUCACUGUCAUGUCGCUCAAUGUUUUAAAUAUUAAACUCCGACUCUUAUCGUCUGAUUCAUCAAAAGAAACACACAAACACCUCUGAAUCUGAAUAUCAUGCAUUGCAUGCUGUUGGGCCUAUAAAACAAUUACCCCAUUCCUUUGCCUUAGUCAACUUGCUCUCUCCAUUCUUUGCUUAGGAAGGGAAAAGAAAACCAAUGGAGAUGGGCAUGGCUUGUUCCGUGCCCAGUAGUUUCAUUGGAUUGUCCUGACAGUCCCGAACUGCUGCCCGAACACCGCCCCUUAGGUCGUUGGCGUCCUCUUAUAUCGUACUCCAUAUUGAAGAGAAGAAUCAACAAUGGAGGAGACUUUUGUUCCCCUUCAGGGGAUAAAGAAUGACCUUAGGGGAAGGUUGAUGUGUUACAAGCAAGAUUGGACCGGUGGCUUCCGAGCAGGAUUCAGGAUUCUUGCUCCCACAACGUACAUUUUCUUUGCCUCAGCGAUCCCCGUGAUAUCAUUUGGAGAGCAGCUGGAGAGAAGCACAGAGGGAGUGUUGACGGCAGUUCAAACCUUAGCAUCAACAGCGGUGUGCGGGAUCAUCCACUCGAUCAUGGGAGGACAACCUCUGCUGAUCCUAGGAGUUGCAGAGCCCACUGUGAUCAUGUACACUUUCAUGUUCGACUUUGCUAAGGAAAGACCAGAUCUGGGCAGGAACCUCUUCCUCGCAUGGACAGCUUGGGUAUGUGUAUGGACUGCAGCCUUGCUGUUCCUAAUGGCCAUACUUGGAGCUUGCUCGAUAAUAAACCGGUUCACCCGUGUGGCCGGAGAAUUGUUUGGUCUGCUUAUAGCAAUGCUCUUUAUGCAGCAAGCCAUCAAAGGACUAGUCGAAGAGUUCCGCAUCCCUAAGCAAGAGGACCUGAACCAGACAGAGUACAUACCUUCAUGGAGGUUUGCCAAUGGGAUGUUCGCUCUGGUCCUUUCGUUCGGGCUCCUCCUCACAGCUAUGAGAAGCCGUAAAGCAAGAUCCUGGCGUUAUGGAACAGGCUGGCUUCGAAGCUUUAUUGCGGACUAUGGAGUGCCGCUUAUGGUUCUCGUGUGGACAGCAGUUUCUUACAUUCCAUCACACACUGUUCCCGACAGAAUCCCGAGACGGCUCUUCAGCCCCAACCCAUGGUCCCCUGGUGCCUAUGGGAAUUGGACUGUCGUCAAGGACAUGCUGAAUGUCCCGAUCUUCUACAUCAUUGGGGCCUUCAUUCCCGCAACCAUGAUUGCUGUUCUAUACUACUUUGACCACAGUGUGGCAUCCCAACUUUCUCAGCAGAAAGAGUUCAACCUGAGGAAGCCUCCUUCGUACCACUAUGACCUGCUUCUCUUGGGCUUCUUGACCUUAAUGUGCGGUCUGAUCGGAAUCCCUCCAUCAAAUGGGGUCAUCCCACAGUCUCCGAUGCAUACAAAGAGUCUUGCUACGCUCAAACACCAGUUGCUCAGGAACCGGCUAGUGGCAACUGCUCGGAAAAGUAUCAAGAAGAACACGACCUUGGGUCAGCUGUAUGGGAAUAUGCAGGAAGCUUAUCGACAGAUGCAGACUCCUCUCAUCUACCAGCAAUCCACUGUUCUGCAGGGACUGAAGGAACUGAAGGAGACGACCAUACAAACCGCUGCUAGCACUGGGCAACUCGAUGCCCCAGUGGAUGAGACACUUUUCGAUGUGGAGAAGGAGAUUGACGAUCUUCUACCCGUGGAGGUUAAGGAACAACGGUUAAGUAACCUCCUGCAAUCAAUGAUGGUUGGAGGCUGCGUUGCAGCGAUGCCUUUCCUCAAGAUGAUUCCAACAUCAGUCCUCUGGGGAUACUUUGCAUUCAUGGCCAUCGAGAGUUUACCGGGAAACCAAUUCUGGGAAAGGAUUCUGUUACUCUUCACUGCUCCAAGCAGAAGAUACAAGGUUCUUGAGGAGUAUCACACAACAUUUGUCGAGACCGUGCCAUUCAAGGCGAUUGUGACAUUCACACUGUUUCAGACGGCUUACCUGCUCGUGUGUUUCGGGCUGACUUGGGUCCCUAUCGCGGGAGUAAUGUUCCCUCUGAUGAUCAUGCUUCUGGUCCCAGUUAGACAGUACAUCCUGCCAAAAUUUUUCAAGGGGGCCCACCUCCAGGACCUCGAUGCAGCCGAAUACGAGGAGGCACCGGCAUUGCCCUUCAAUAUGGCUGCGGAAUCAGAGCUUGGAACGGGAGCUUCUUGUGCAGGGGAUGGGGAGAUUCUCGACGAGGUUAUCACAAGGAGCCGCGGUGAGUUCAGGCAUGUGAGCAGCCCAAAAAUCACGAGUUCCACCACAACACCUGCCCGUGAUGUCAUAACGAAUCUGCAGAGCCCAAGGGCAGUGUUCAGCCCUCGGAUGAGCGAGCUGAGAGCGGAGAGAAGCCCCGACACCAGACCAUACAGCCCCAGUAGCAGAGAAAAGAAGUCCACUCUUGGGAAGAGUCCGAGCAGUAAUGCUGACUCAAAGUAGUAGUCGUAAUUUUCAGCCACAGAGGCUCAUCCUGUGCCUAAUUUCUAAAAUCAGCGUGUCCUAUGAAAGCGUUUGUUGUAAAAUCUUAAUCUUCGGCAUUGAUCUUUUUCGCUGGAUUGUAUGUCGUGUAACAAUAGCAUAGCAAUAUGUAUCUGUUUGAUCAAUCAGAAUAGAGGAAUAUUACUGCUCCUUAUUUUCCCUG